AUGUUUGCGAGUGGUAGAAAACCGCGGAACGAGAUUCCGUACGAAAAUCGUAAAAAUUUGCCAAAUAGUUUGAAAGGAUAUUAUGUUCAUAGACUUCUUGUAAAUGCUGUUGCAAUGUGGGCUUCGCCUCGUUACGCUUGUUAUAUUUUCAUGAUGUUAGAUGAAAUUCAUAGACAAGAACGUGAAGAGCUAGAGAACAAGCUUGAAGCAAAAGACAAAAGCCUUCAGAAAAGAAUACCACGUUCGGUACCAAAAGGAAAGGAAAAGAACUAUAAGUAUAUGAUUUACACUGAAGAGAUGGAAAAUGAAGAAGACAGAGAUAUGGUUAUGUUGCAUUUAGUCAGAAGAAACAACAAAAGCUUUUACGACCUUGCUAAGAUUUACAAAUCUGACAGAAAUUGGUUCUAUCGCGAAAACUUACCGAUUUCAAUGACACCAAAUGAAGAUGUUAAACAGAUAGUUCAAGAUACGUUACCUCAAACACACUAUGAUAUGAAAGGUUGUACAAUACUUACCUUCAAAGAAGAUUUGCCGCUACUGAAGGAAAAAAUAACAGAGUAUUUUGACAACUUCAAACAAGUAGAGUAG